AUGAACAAUUUACUUAAACGAUUCGAACCAUGUUUAACAGAUGUGAUUAAGUAUCUCUAAGAACAUUAGGAGAUGAUAUUAGUUGAACGUAACCCUUAUUAGGCAGAUAGAUUGAUGAUGAUGCUAGAUAAUGAGAAGUUAGAUGCUUUGGACAAAGAGUUUCAUGAACAUCCAAAUGGUAUCGAAUUACCAAAUUUUAUAUGGUUAAUGAAAUGUGCAAUCUCUCAUGCUCCAGAAGAUAAAUAUGAAUUGGUUAAUGGAUUGAUUAAGUUGUUUUAAGAUAUAGAUAUUAAUGGAGAUGGUCAUAUGGAAUGGGCUGAAUUCACUUAAUAUAUUAUUGAUGCAGUUAUCGGUUCCAAAGACGCUUAACUUUAUGAUACCAGAUUCGAAAAAGAGAGAGAAUUAACAGAAAUUGAAGUUCUAGACAGAGCUUAUUCAAGAAAAUCUAAACGCUAUAUCCCUAUGGCUUAAGUUGAUGAUUCCAAUCACAAAAACCCUAUUAAAAAUAUUGCAUAUUGUUAAUAAUUAGAUAGUGUAAUUUGUUUAGAAUAGAACUCUUAACAUUUGAGAUUCUAUACACCCGAAUGUCAGGAUAAAAAAUUUACUUUAGCUCCUGAAUCUGAAUCAGGAAAGAUAUUUAUCAUUCAUUUUCAUACAGUCGAUAACUAUAUAGCAGCAGUUACAAGUGAUAGAUAAUUGAUAUUUUGGGAUGCAACAACAUUUAAGGUGAUUAAAUAAUUCAAAUAAGAAGUAUUGUAAACUGGUAUUUGGUAUUUCCCUUAUCAUGAAUUAUGGGUAACAGCUGGAUCUGAUUACAAUAUUAGAGGGUGGAGCAUACCUUGGAAUGAAAAAGAUUCAAAAGGAUAAGUAAUUAAAUUUUUAAAUGCUCAUACAAAAUAAAUAACUGAUAUUGUAGAACUGAUUAGUCCUAAGUUAUUGGCAUCUGCAAGUUAAGAUGGUAAAAUUAAACUAUGGGAUAUGCAGGAUUAAAAAUUUAUAACAGAAUUGAAAACACCAGCUCCAUCAAAAAGAGGUGUUAAAGGAUUGAGUUAUAAUUAAGACUAUGGAUCAAAUCUAAUAAGUUAUGGGUUUGAAACCUUUAUCAAUGUUUAUUGUCCAGAAGUAUCAAUAACUAGAGCAUAUAUUGGAAGAUUAGAGGGUCAUUCCUCAUUAGUUGUGACUUGUAAAUUCAUUCCUUAAUCUCCUAAUUGUGUUAGUAUUGACGAUCAUACAAAUAUUAGAAUAUGGGAUAUUCGAUAAAUGAGUAGUGUGUAAGUGAUACCUAAUGAUCAAUAAUCUUUAGUAACUGAUUUGUGUAUAAUAACAAGGACUGAUAGAUUUGUUUAUUCAGGUAAGAGAUUAAAUUAUUUCUAUAAUGCUGCAUAAAUGAGCAGUAAUUAGAAAUAGAAAGGACCUAAUGAAGAAGUGUAUCCAAUAAAUGUUGAAUUCAAUAUGUAUUUCAAUUAAUUCAUUGUUUUAACUAAAUUUGAUUUGAGAAUCUAUGAUGCAAUGGGUGGUAGGUUGAAGAAAGUGAUGAAUGAAGUAUUUGAUGAUAAAAUACAAUUGGAUUUAUCAACUUUUUGCCUUGGAGGAAGAUAAAGAAAACUAUUCAUCGCAGACAAUGCUGGAUUGAUUAGAUAAUACAAUAUGAAAACAGGAGAGUAUCUCAAAAAAGUCAAUAUGCAUAAUGAAAUUGAGAAUUCUGAGUUUGCUAAUAAAUUGGCUAAUAUUAAAAAAAGGGAUACUUUGGAUAUCAGUUCGAUUAUCUUCUUGCAAGAAGAGAAAUUAUUGAUAUCUGCAAGUCAGGAUUCUACUAUUAGAAUAUAUGAUGAAACAGAUCCUGAAGAAUCAAUCUUAUUAAAGGUCUUUUGUGGUGGACAUUAAAAUUCUGAAAUCUUAUCCAUGGCAUUCAGUCCUAAUUUCACAAUGUUAGCUACUGGAAGUGCAAAUGGUUUGAUUUCUCUAUGGGAUUUUGAAACAAGUAAAUUAUGUGGAGUGCUUAAUACUCCAUAACCAUUGGCAGAAGUUACUGCUUUAGAAUUUGCUGAUCCAUAUCCUGUCUUAGUGAGUUUGUAAGGAAUACUCAUAAGCAUAUGGAAUAUUAAAACCAAUAAAUGUCUUUUAAGAAUCAAUACCAAUCCCUAGCAUCCAAUGUUAUCGGUCGCCAUCUUCUCAGACAUAGCAUCUGGACCUUCAAGAUAGGAAUUACUGCCUGAAUUUACAGCACCUUUGGUUGAUAAAACUGCUCAAGAUAAAAAAUCUAAAUUAAAUUUAUAAGAAGAAUAAGAAGGUUUAAUGAAGGAUAUUUAACAGUAUGAUACUGAAUAACAUCAAAAUAAAAGGAGGGCCUUACUUUAUAUGGGGGAUUAGAAAGGAUACAUGCAUAUUCUAUCAUUAACAGAGUUUUUAUAGAGAAAAGGAAUAACUGAGAUGGAAAAAUUAAAGAAGGGUCAUUCUUAUUAAUUAAAGAGAAAGGACUUGAUAGAUGUAUCCAAGAGUGUUGAAACAUUCUUGGUUUAAGAAGAAAAACAACAGAAUCCUGUUCUAACUUGUAAUAUAUCUGCUUUGCUGAUUAGAUAAUGGGUUGCUCAUAGUUCUGCAAUAGUGAAAAUUAAUAAGAUAAAGGAAUUAGUGUCUUUUAUAAGUUCAUCAAUGGACAAACAUUUUAAAAUAUGGUCAAUGAAAGGAGAGUUAUGGUCUGAUAUAAGUUUAGCUAAAUAUGAUGGAUCUAAUUAUUGGAAGUUUCCCUUUGAUUGGGUUGGAUAAAAAUUGAAAGAUAUUGAAUUAGUUUUUGAUGCUCUAAAAUUGAUUGAAAAGGAGAACCUUUCCCCUUAUGAAAAAGAAAGAGUGAAAGUCAGAUUUCUAGUUAAUAAGUAUUUUAAUGAAGCUUCUUUAGAUGAGAUGUAAAGAAAUUAUGCUUAACCUGAACAAGUAGUUGUUUAAAGAGAAAAAAAACGUCUCAUUCAAUCCUAAUCUUAGCCUAUGAACAUUGCAUUAAAAUCAAUUGCUGAGCCAUACAAGGAAUUAACUUAGAAAAUGAAAGAUGAUCAGUUAAAAAAGAAGAAAUUAGAGUUGCCAGAAGUGUAAGAAGAACCAAAGAGACCCUAAUCUUAACAUGGCCUUGUUUAGAGAUUGAUGUUAGCGUUUAAUGAUAACAAGGACAUUGCUAAAGAGGAUGGCAUUGAUCCAAAAAAGAAAUAACCUAAUAAAAAUGCUCAUUAGAAAAGAAUUUAAGAAUUACCCCAAAUGAAACCAUCAACCAGUCAUUCUACAUUCUUAUAAAAGUAUUAAAGAAAUUACAGAUUCAUUCAAACAUAAGUCUAAACAAGGCCCCAUACAGAAUCAAAGAAAUAUAAAUUUGUUCAUGAUAUUAAAUAUCAAUUUGGAGAAUCUCAAAGAGCAAUGAAGAUCAAAUAUUAUUAGAAUUCUCUAAAAUUUUAAUCUGUAAGUCCAUAACUAUUAUGUGAUGACAAUGAAAUUCUUUAAAUGAAAUGCAAAUUUUAUAAGAAAUAAAAUGAAGAUCUCAUUGAAUCAGAGUCAUCAGAUAAGUCUUAUGAAGAAGAUGAUCUUGGACACCCAAAACAACAUAAAUAGAUCAUUGCUAGUCAUAAUUUCUUAAAUAAUGCUUAAAAAAACGAUCAUAAAGUACUAAACACAAAAAAAAAGAUAUUUGUUGUCUGA